AAAACAAAAACAACAAACAGUCGGGAGCUGCUGUCAGUGAAAGCUCAGAGGAGUCUUUGGCUGUCUACUGCCUCGUCAUGGUGCUAAAGUCAUGUUGCAUUUACAGCGUCGGAGUUGUUUCUGUACUGAUGCUGAUUCUCGGCAUUUCGUUGGUUUUGACCGGCGUGUUUCCACAUUUAAUACAGUCGGUGGUUAAAAAGGAAGUCGUUCUGAAAAAUGGUACGGAUGCAUUUGAGGCCUGGGAGGAUCCACCGGCACAUAUCUACAUGCAGUUUUACUUCUUCAAUCUCACAAAUCCCCAAGAGGUGCUGGAUGGGGAAAGGCCAGCUGUGCUGGAGAUAGGACCAUAUACGUACAGAGAGUAUCGGCCUAUGGAGCAAAUUGACUUCCAGGAUAAUGGCACUAAAGUAACAGCUGUCAACACUAAAACCUACAUUUUCCAGCCCAACAUGUCCCGAGGUCCAGAGAGUGACCUCAUCAGGACAGUUAAUAUCCCUGCCAUGACGGUGAUGGAAAGAUUCAAGAACAAUCCUAUUAUUGCCAACUUGAUCUCUGCCUACAUGACGGGCACUGGGGAAGGCCUUUUUACCACCCGUACAGUGGGAGAGCUGCUGUGGGGAUAUGAAGAUGGUCUUCUUAAAGCCUUAAAAAGGUUUAGACCUGAGCUGGAUGAUGUUUUUGGACUUUUCUAUAAGAACAAUGCUUCCAACGAUGGAGAAUAUGUGUUUUUCACUGGUCAGCAGAACUACAAGGACUUUUCCAGAGUGGACACUUGGAAAGGUGAAAGCUCGUUGAGUUGGUGGACAUCUGAUGAAUGCAAUAUGAUUAAUGGAACCACUGGAACAUCUUUCCAUCCCGUCAUCAGCAAGAAUGAGAUGCUCUACAUUUUCUCCUCUGACCUGUGCAGGUCCCUGUAUGCUGCGUAUGAGGAGGAUGUGACAGUGAAGGGGAUCCCCGGGUAUCGAUUCGUCCCCCCCAGCUCGGUGUUUGCCAAUCUGACUGUGAACCCAGACAACGCAGGCUUUUGUGUGCCUGCUGGUAACUGCCUGGGCUCUGGCCUGCUGAAUAUUUCAACAUGUAAACAAGGAGCUCCUAUCAUAAUGUCUUCACCGCACUUUUACCAGGCUGAUGAGAAAUUUGUUCAGGAUGUAUUCGGAAUGACGCCAAUCAAGGAACAGCACCAGACUGCCAUCGAUGUAAAUCCGCUAACAGGAGUUGUUCUCCAAGCAGCCAAGCGACUCCAGAUCAACGUCUAUGUGGAGAAAAUUCCCUCCUUCAGUCAAACGGGAAAUGUGAGGACAGUGGUCUUCCCUGUGGUUUAUAUCAAUGAGAGCGCCAUCAUUGAUGACACAGCAGCCAAGAAGCUGCAGGCGAUUGUUGUUCAGCAGAAUGUUGUGGAGAAUAUUCCCUUCAUGCUGAUUGGCCUGGCCAUCAUUGUGGGAGGAGUCUUCAUGUUCUUGGUGUGUCGACAGCAAGCCCCCGAGAGCACUGCUGCUGAACGACAGCCUCUGCUCUCUUCGUAGCACCAAACAGGAUGUGAAAGGAGGAAGAUUGUCUUGGUUGCAGGACGAUUUCAAGUGGUUUAACCAUUGAUUCUCAAGUAACCCUAAUAACUUGAUCUUCAUGUUUUAAUCUUUUUUCAAUCUAAUAGUUUUAAGAAACAAAGUUGAGAAAAAAACUGUCCCCUCUUUGUGUUUGUUGCUGGGUUUGGGGUUAAUUCAAGUCGUAAUGAUGAAUGAAAUCCAUAUUUAUUUUCUGGUCAAUCUUAAAUGGAUCAUGUAUUUAUUUUUAACUCCCAACUAUGGGAUUUUUGGAUUGGAAUAACCUGAAGUGAGUUAAACCCCUUACACUAUCUAACUCAAACAUUCUUGAAGUGGGAAAAAUACUGCUACCGUAUAUGUGUGUGCUACUGCUGCAUUCCUGAAUGCAACUGAGUACGUGUAUGUCUAGAAGGUGAUUGACGGCAGGUACUGAAACAGUUACUAGAUUCCCAGAGUACUCUGGUACUCGAAGUUGGUUUUAAAGAGCAGGAAAAACAGUGCUAAGAAGCCGGGUUGGUUGGGUUGACUGUAUGUCAUAAUGGACAAAUAAAAGUCAGGCUAACGUGGUGACGAUUAGUUAUGCAGCCUAAAAUGUGCUGUUCACUAAAGUUACUCAAAGUACAGAUUACUUUGAGCUUGUCUUUCAGCCUUUUGCCUUCAGGUGCUGUGAUAGUGUAUGGUUGUGGUCUUUUUAAAGCUAUGUUCUGUGUUGUAGCUAAGCUCAGUAAUCUACAGUAAUUAUACACGUGUGUCUAGUGUGUCAUCAGAUCCAACCAGUAUUAAUCGUACAGUCGCAGUAAAAAGGGCGGCUUUCUACUGUCAUAAAUAUGUUAAUGUAAUUUCUACUGAUAACAUUACUGAUUGUGCUGAAGCAAGCUGUGUCGUAGUGACACUGAAAAAAACAUAAAAUCUUUUAAGGCACUUGUACUGACUUUUUUUUUUUGUUUGUUUUCUUAGUAGCUUGUGCUGAAUUUUAUGACUUAAUUGAAAGAUCUUUUUGGGCUAUGGACUCUUAGACCACUUAUUACCAUUUUAUUUUUAUUUUUUUUGUCCAACGUUGAACACAAUUUCACUAUAAUGUGGAUGUUUUUGCAGUUUCAGCCACUACGUUCCACUGACAAAAUCUCUUGUGUUCAUUUUUAAUUUUGUUGUUUUGUGUUUUGUAUUUAAAAGAGAAUAUUGUUUACACUACUACUACUACUACUACACACUUGCAGAAUCGAUAUUGUUUAUAAUCACAAUUUAUAAACAGAUUUCUCAUUAGGUCACAGUGACAGUUUGCACAGUUGUUAUUUGCUACCAUUCACCAAUAAACUUUCUGUGCUGUUCCCUGA